UUACGUUCACUGUAUACACAUUACAGAGGCCUACUGGUGCAAAUUGUGGUACGGUCGGUUACUUGGAGCCCAAAAAGGAGAAUAAAUCAUCCCAAGGAAACUAAAAGGAUUUUAGAUUCACCAUAUUUCUUUGGACUUGAGGAUCUGAGGGAAGCUAGUCGUCAUGCCGACUCCUCCAGAUGAAACGGGUGAUGCCCAGACUGGUGACGUUGCUAUGGGAACAAAUACUGAUCCUCCAGCCACAGAGACAGAAUUAGGAGCUGGUAAAAAUGGAGAUGAGGAUCCAUCAGAGGAACCUACCCAUCCACCCUCUGUUGCUGUACCUUCUAUUCCUACCUCAGAAUCUUCUUCUGAACCUCUUGAUCCUCAAGACCCUCCUUCACUGCACCCUUCUUGUACCCCUAGUAGUGAUCAAACAAUACCCUUAGAUCCUGUGGCACGAUUACCUUCUGAGCAGUCUGCCACAGGUUGUUCACCCGACCCUGUGACAGACAUUGAUUCACCACAAUCUGAAGACACUUCUCCCGUUCUGGGAGAAACUCAGAUACAACAAGAGCAAUCACAAGAUGACACAAACAAUGAUACAGUCAACACUGAACAAAAACCUGAUACUGAUGUAACAGGCCCCAGGGUCUGUGACAGCCCAAGUGAGCCGGACAUUGAUCCACAAGUUGUUCUUGCCCAAAUAGAAGCAGAAACCCAAGAGUUAGAGUUAGAAAACAUGGCCCAUCCAGCAGAGUCAGUAGAUGAUGAUGCUGUUGUCAAUCCGGAAGAAAUCCUUGCAGAAAUAGAAGCAGAAAUUCGAGCAGAAACACAAAAUUACAAUACCAAUGACAGUGAAACUGAAGAGAUUCCACCUGCACUCUAUGAACCUAUUCCUCAAGAUUCUGAAGAAGCAACUGCAGAAGACGUUGCAGAUGAUCCAUCUCCUAGACUCCUAGACACAAAUGAUCAAGACAUCCCUGUAAAUCCAGUUGAAACCAUUGUGGGAACAGAAGAAUCAGAGCCAACUGAAAAAGAGAUUUCCGCAGGUCCUAGAAACUCGACUGGGCUCCCUCCAGACACUUUGUCCUACCUAUCCAGCAUGGAAAAUUUAGACGCAGAAGUCCAGGUAACUCCUGAUACUGACCUGAAAACCACUCAAGUCCUCGGACACACUGACUCACACACAGACCACACACAGCAAUCAGAAAAAGACAACACAGAGUCCACAGACUCUCAUGCCAUACAUGUAGUACCAGCUCCAGGCAAAGCCUCCGAGUCAAUCAGCAGUGCCGAUUUUGUUAUGAUCCAACAUGAAGAUUUUUGGAAAGAAAUCACAAAAGAUUCACCUGAAGAUGUUCAGGUUAAAGAAAAAGAUUCACCUGAAGAUGUUCAGGUUAAAGAAAAAGAUUCACUGGAAGAGGAUGGUGGAGACAGGAAAGAUGAGGGCGGCGAUGGAUCGAAUAGCGAGGAUCCAGGAAGUCAACAAAAUGAUGAUCAACAAAAUGAUGCAAAUAGCAAUCAAUCUGUCACUGAGGAAAAAGUGACGGAACCUAUCAUCAAGAUCGAUGUUCCAACCGUUUCGGUAACAGUCCAGAUCAAUGAUCCCAAAGAUCAAACAACCACCGAUGGACAGGCCACAUCAAAUGCAGCUGAAGCAGAAAAUGAAGUAUCCGAACUGCCCUCUGCUGUCCAAAGGAGGGUCAAGGGCGGAGGUAGCGCAGAUGAGAACAAGCGGAGAUCCCUGAUGCUGUGGGUGGAUGCAGACCUGGUGCAGACGGUGGGAUCGGAUCAGGGUACAAAGAGUCCGCAGCAUUCGCCCGAAGACAUCCCAUCGGACCUGAAGAGGCUGAAGAAGGUCAUACGCAAGGAACGAUGGGCAAGCGACACAGAACAUGAGGUUCGCAAGGAGAUGUGGAAGACGCUAUGUCUCAAGAACAGUUCUGGAGCAUCUGUUUCCCAUGUCUACCACGAGGUGGAAGAGGGACUCUUUGGAAAAGAGACAGACUCAGUGGAUCCGUCGUCCAUCACUUUACCAAGCUUUGUGGACCCUGACCACCCAGCCUCUGCCUAUGCCCUUAAGUCAGAGGGUCAAGCCCGCCUCAACCGUCUCCUCUGCGUCCUGGCCGACACCAGACCGGACAUCCUCUUCUGUCCUUUGCUGGCACCCUUGGCAGGCAUGCUCCUGCAUUACAUGAGUCCAGAAGAGACCUUUGACGGUUUGUCAGCGCUUCUAGGAAGCACCCGCUACAAAUUCUUGGAGGUGUCCUGGGUGGAGCACGAGUCCUUCAGGAUUAGCUUUGAGAAGCUGGCUGCAAGGUUUGCGGCAUCAGCUCACAAGAUGUUCAUCAAGCAAGGAGACGUUGCUGAGAUCUACCAAGACUGGAUCUGGUGGAUACUAGAGGAUCUUCCUUUCUCACAUGUUAUCCGAGUGAUGGACUGCUAUCUAUCAGAAGGAUUGAAGAUCUUCUACAGAGUAGGACUAGCUAUUCUCAUGCUCUACAAGAAACAUAAAGGUACUGCAGAGGCGCCCGAUGGUGUGGCUGCUUCAAUCAGAGAAUUUGUCCGGUCCAUUCCAGUCAGCCCAAACACUCUCCUAACUGUUGGGUUCCAGUUCCGAGGCUUGUCCCGGUCCGUGAUAGGAACGUUCCAAACCAAGCAUAAAGAGACUCUACGAGAGGAUAACUCACCAUACAGGGCUGCCAGCAGGAGACAGAACAGUGUCAUCACCAAGCUGAACCAGAUCAGUUCAUCUAUCAUCACACACCAGCAGCUGCAUACUAUCUGGAGCUGGAUACCAACUCGGUUUAGUAUCUACCAGCCUAGCUUGGUCUUCACUACGCAGGAGCAUGGUUUCUCAUUGACGACCUUCUACACACGAUGUGAAUACUGUGAGCCGACCAUUCUACUCAUCAAGACAUCGGACCAAGAGAUCUUUGGAGCCUUCCUAUCAUCGAGCUGGAGCACGAGAAACGACGGAGACCACAAGGGCAUCUACUUUGGCACCGGUGAAAGCUUCCUCUUUAGCUUUGCUCCGGAGGAGAAGAAGUACCCCUGGGUGGGCAUCCUUCCCAAGGAAGAGGAGAAGGAAGAGGAGAAGGAGGAGGAGAAGAAGGAGAAGAAGGAGGAGGAGGAGGUGAAGGAGAAUGGAGGAGUAGAAGGGGAGGAUGGAGAGAGGAGAGCCAGUGGAGCCAGUGGAGGAGACUUGAAGAAGAAGAUGAACGAGAUGUUCAUGAGAGCGUCACCGAGUCUGGUUGCUGUCGGAGGAGGCGACGGAGACGGCAUCCUGAUCGAAGGAGACCUGACAAAGGGAUUCAGCACGCACUGCUUGACCUUUGAGAACCCCGGCCUUGCCAAGGAAAGGUCGUUCAACUGUGAUGUCAUCGAGGUCAUCACCAUGGAGGACGGGAGGAAUCCACUCAACGGUGUGACAGCGUAACCACCAAGAGAGGGCGCUGCAGCCGCGUUGCAUAAGGUGCUGUUGAUUAGGAGAGUUUGGCCAACCCCGGUCCACAUUGGGCACAACAUAUUGGCCCUGUUUCAUAACACUUGAUAUCAAUAACAAGUUACAAGCUACCGUUAUAAGCUACUGAAAUCCUGGCAUCUGAUUGGCUGAGAGCAAAUUUGUCAUAGAAAUUUAGCAGUUGUCAUAGAUAACAAGUUUUAUGAAACUGGCCCAUGGUGUGUACCAUAUAUAUCUGCCAUGUUAGUGUAUUUAUAAUCAAGUUGUUUGGUUUAUUAAAAAUUCUGAACCUGGCAGUCCACAGGCUGAAUUAUAUUCAGUUUACAGUUGUGACCAAGUGGAAUCAAGUUGGCCAAACUCUCUCUAUAAGAUGGCUCUAGUUUGCAUACACAUUUGUCUAGUUUUACCUUGCCUUGUUCAUUCCAUGUAUUGCGGGAGCGGUCAGUUUUCUAAAAGCUGACCAGAACCCAACAUUGGUACUCUUGCUAUUUAUUUGACCAUCAUGUUAUUUGACCAUCAUGUUAUUGACCAUCAUGUUAUUGGACCGUCUGAUAGAGACUUAAUAAAUAGCUCACGCAACAGAGAUGCUAAACUCUGGAUAAACAAAAAGAAUAGAACAUAGAAAUUGUUAGCAUUAGAAUCUUCAUUCACUGUAGGUGGCUGUACAUAUUGCAAAAGUAAUGAUAAUGAUAUUAAAAUAAUGAACUGCAAUUACUUGAGAGGUGAUAGAAAACUUGUGUCAUAUCUGUAUACGAAGGCCAUCCAAGGGAAACAAAAAGUGUGGCCAAUGUAGACAGGUGGCCUUUAUAGACAGGUUCUACUACAUGUAGUUCUUCUCAGAGUGUUACAAAAUACACGUAGAUGACCACUAUAUACAUAGAUAAGUGGUCUUUAUAGACAGGUUCUACAACAUACUUUUCGGCCUCAUGAGAGAUAAUAUGACCACUUUAGACAGGUGACCUGUAUAGAAGGUUGGAUUGUGGUCACUAAGACAGGUUCUCUAUAGCUUUGGAUAAGUCAAUACCUAAGUGCAAGCAAAAUGGUGCUCUCUUUGGAAAGGAAACAAGAAUAUGUACUUUGCAUUGAAUUGUAGGGUGCAUUAUGUAGUGAAAUUGUUUUCAUGCAUCAUGAUCUAAAUUACAAAAAACAUCACAACCUGAAUUGUGGUGAGAAUUACACAAAAGAAAAUUUCUCCUCUCUGUAUUUGUGUUAGUUGCAGUGUAGAUGUUAGAUAUAGCUUUGUCAGAUCCUAUUUGUUGGGAUCAUGCAGAGUAUUCCACAGGCCAUCAUUCUUUACGUGGCUGAACUACAUGUGUUGUCCCGUGUUCGCUAUCCUUUGUGAAUACGGUCUUUAUUCAGUGUGUGUUUUAGGCUGUGGCAAGCUUGAAAUGCUGUUUGCGAUUGGUGCACCUUUACCAGUAUUGAAGUCGUUGUUGGUGUAGUUUGAUAUCAAUGUAGAAUCAUGGAUGUUUCACACGGACAUUUGUAGAAGCUCUCAUGGCGGCUGUCUUGUUUAAUACAGUUAUGCUGUAGCAUAAAUGUGGAGGACCGUCACCUCCGCUCGCUUGUAGAAAAAUGAAAAUCAUAAGAAAAUAAAUUGCUUAGAUGAUAGGUAAAAGUGAUCUUUGUACUACAUACAUAUUUGUUCCAUCUGUGCUGUAGUUUAAAUGUACAGGACUGUAAUGUCCGCUUAUUCAUAAGAAUUGAAAAUCUGAAGAAAAUAUAAUGCUUUGAAGAUAGAUAGGUUUUUUUUGUACAACCUACACAUCUUUUCCAUUUGUCGAAAUGUCUAAAAAAAGUUCGCUUGCUCAUAGAAGAUGAAGAUCUUUGAAGAUAGGUAGAAGUCCUUUUUGUACAACCUACACAUGCUCCAUUUUGGAUGUGGUAUGAAUCAAUAUGCAGGACUUUUAUGUCCGCUUGCUCACAGAAAUUGAAAAUCAGACAAAGUUAAGCGGCUUUGAAGAUACCAUAGGAAAGAUUGCUUUUUGUACUACAUGUACCUACACAGUUGCUGCACAUUUGUCGAACAAAGCAAUACAUGUCUGUUUUUAUAGUUGAUUCAGUGGAAAGUGCUUUCAUAUUUGUAAAAAAAACUGUUGAAAUAUUAAAAGAAAUGAUAAAAAAAGCUUUAUAGAUCAAAUAGGCACUUGUGUAUGUACUGAAUGGCUUACAAAGUGUAUUGCGGUAGUCAGUAACGUGUAGUCAUACUAGUCCGUACUGUUCGGAGUCUAGUGAGCUAUUAGAAAGCGAAAGCAUAGAUGUGAAAUUAGAUAUAGUCAAUAGAUGCUUAUAGUGAAUAGAGUCAGUGCUGUAUGGAUCAUGUAAUUGCUGGAUUAUGUUAGGAUAGAUUUGUUCAUGUAGUAAAGCAUCGUAGCCUUUUUCUCGCGAUAGUUGCAUCGCUAGAUAGUAUUUAGGAGUAUUGUUAUGUACGUAGUUAGCUGCAUAUUGGUGGUUUUUUGCAAGAAAGCGGUAAAAUCUAUUGUUAAUGCCAUAAGAGCUCUUUGCGGGCAUCGAAUGAUCAUACUCUUUGGUCAUGUAGGAUGCAAUGGUUUCUAGCACAAAGUUUUUUGACGUCAGUUUAGCCGUUUGGUGAAUUAGCAAAGUCAAAUUUUUGUACAAUCAUUGUGUGUGUCACUCCAGCAAUAGCUUGUUAUGCGUGUCCUUCUGUGUACAGACUAUGGACAUUUUACAACAAAUUUGCACGUUUGCAUAUUACGGUACAGAUUUAUUUUGAAUUCCAUCCAUUGUAUGUUUGACUUGCGACAAUGUUCAAUUGCACCGUUAAUAUUUUUCUGCGAAGAGAUGUACAUAUUUGGCCAUUUUGUCCAGUGAGAAUUUGCAGUGCUUUGAUUGAAAGUUGUGAAGUAUAAUUUGUUAUCACCAAGUGCUUAGAAAUAGGGGAGACCCUUUUGAUUUUGCUGUUUGGAUUAGUUUGGUUAAAGAUGAAAGAUGAUUUGUGAC